AUGAUGAACGGCGGCUGUCAAAUGUUUUGGUGCGCAUUGAACGUCCGCCGCCUGAAGAUCGGUCGGGGCGAGAAGGACGAGCACUACCGAAUCUCCGCAGAGAAGGACCAGGAGCUCGUCGACACCUACGCGGGCCAGACGUUCAAGUGGAGAAACCGUGGCCAGAAGGAAUUUCUUCAACCCACGCGACCCUCAAGUCCGAGGCCCGCUCGUUCGAGCUCAUGUUCCACCGCAAGAACAGGGACGUCGUCGUGGAUUCGUACCUCCCGCACGUUACGCGCGAGGCCAGAAGGUACAAGCUACAAGCUCAAGAAGAAGACGAUCAAGAUCCACACAGUGGCUGACAUGGAGGGUGACGAGUGGGUCCAGGCCACGCUGGACCACCCAACCACGUUCGACAUGAUGGCCAUUGUGUUCGACAUGAUGGCCAUUGACCCAGAGCAGAAGGCAAGUGUACUCAACUAUGUCGACGGCUUGUGGUCGAGCUGUGGGGAUGAGCGGAUCAAAUUAUUCACGACUAAUCACGCUGAGAGGCUCGACUUGGCCCUACUCCGACCUGGCCGGAUGGACAACAAUAUCAACAACAUUAUCCUACAUAUCAAACGACCAAUAAGGCAUAAGCGCCGGCCGGCCAAUGAGGCCCUCCAUGACCAGCUCCGGCGUGGGUCUGGCAAAGAAAUACAGGUCAAGCAUUCCUCCGAUCACCUUUUCUUCGGUUCUAAGCGGAUUGCGUUCACUCACGAGCCGCCGAAUUCCGCCGUCGUCAACUCUUCAUCCGUCGACCUACCAGGCUGCCACCACUCGGCCACGGGCCAUCCGAUUCCGCUUCAGAAGGAAAAGAGAAAUUUGAAGCCUGAGCCUGAAGUAUUCAUACUCAUAAUAUUAUCGAUUGUCCCUACCGGUGGCCCACGUGUUGAUCACGACCGUUGUGCCGGGAAAUAUAUCGUAGCCCAUGACUUUGGUGUCGUGAGUGGAUUCAAGGGGAUGAGCAAUGGGGCCAGUGACUUUGGUCUCUGA